UGACCUUGAAGUGCUCAGCCUCUCCAUAAAAGGUCGUGUGUGCCUUUAUCCAUUGCCCCACGGCUACCACGGUAAGUGGGUUAUGUGGACGUAAACUUAGUUGAGAUACGGAAGUCAUGUAACUUCUGAAGUUAUAUUGACUUCUUAUGCAUAAUAAACUAAUUUAUUAUAUAGAGAUUUAUUUUAAGUAGUCUACUGAACGCACUGUAUGUGUGUUGUGUAUAAUGAUUGGCCCGCACGCCCAUACAUUCAUGUGGAUCACUACUUGUCUUUUUAUCAAUACUAACGUAGGAAACAGUAAAGAAUAGACACCGAAGUCAAAUGGCCUUGAGUCAAUCAACUAAACAAAUUUCACUAUGGUUGAAAAUUAUGAAUAUAUGCCAAGGGCGAGGCAAGACCCAGACAUUGAAUAUCCGUUGACAGUGAAAUAUUGUGGUGAAUGUACAAUGCCAUUAGAGUAUUGUGAAUUUUCACCGUUUCCUGAUAAAUGUCGACUAUGGCUAGAGAAGAAUCUACCGGAAGAAUUUGAACGACUCACUACUGAUGGAGGAGAUUUGAAUCAGACUGAAGCAGCGCCUAAAGGACGUCAAGUAAGAGGUGGCAAGGGUACAGUCAAGAAACCAGUUAAACAACAGAUAGCAGUUUUCAAGACAUCAAGAGGCAAGAAAAAGUAUACAACCAGUGUUACCGGAUUGUCUACAUUUGGAAUCGAUUUGAAAGCAGCCGCUAAAGUAUUUGGUCGUAAAUUUGCAACUGGUAGUUCCGUAACUGGGAAUGGUGAUGAAAUUGUUGUACAAGGUGAUGUAAAAGAAGAAUUAAUCGAAACAUUAAUGGAAAAAUGGCCAGAAAUUGAUGAAGACUUAAUAGAGGAUCUUGGCGAAAUGAAACGAUAAACUAGAUAUAUUUUGUUGUUGUUUACUAACGGAAGGUACUUUGUCACAUGUUGUUGUACAGUGCUGUUAUAACUAACUAGUCUUAUUGUCUUGCUGUUUUUAUUUUGAAUGGAAAUAUAAUAUUUUAUACGAAUUAA